GCGAUCCAAAACCAUAUCGGACUUUUUCGGCCCCGAGUCGACUCCCGUCAGCCGACUGCUAAACAUAAUAUGUCAAGAGAAGGAAGCGGAAAGGGUAGCAGCGCACAUCAUGAACCAGCAGCAGAGUUCUCGCUCCGCGAAUGCGGCCAAGUCAAACGCGAGCGCCCCGUCUGGUCACGGUACGGCUAGGGCUCAUCCGGUCCGGCCACCACCCGGCACCAGCAGCCAAUCUGCUGCCUCCCUAGCCGCUGGGGUGCGCUCUCGUAAGGAAAACAUUGUACCGAGCGUGGGAGUGAACUCUGGCUCGGACACGGGCAGCAGUGGAAGCGCCGGUAUAGCACCGGUGCUGGUUGAUCCAGCCUUUGCCGCGAAGGAUAUAGAUAGGAUAGCGAAAUACAAAGCCGAUAGACGUAAAGCCAUUUACUUAAGAAACAAUGUCCACGAGAAUGAAAAUGAAAGACUGGAACCUAGCAAAAGAUCAUCAUCUAGAACACCGAAUACUCUUCCAUCAAGUGCAAUUCUUAGCAAACAGCAGCAGUCAUUGUUACCACCAUCCUCCAAACCGACCACAACCGGCAUCAUCAAACGUCCACAUUCGGCCGGGCUUACAUCCUCCACGAAAGCUACUCCAUCCGUUAGUAAUGGCACCGGUACAGGCCUGUCAAGACCGGUACCAGCACGACCGGUAGCGGCAGGUACACGUGAACGGAAUGCCAGCACUAACCGAUCCGUUGACGAAAAGCAUAGCAGCAUUACGUCUCCCGUUCAUGUGGGUGCUAGCACCACAGUCACGAAACAAAUACGAACGACUCGAUCGUCUCGGUUGCGUGCCGCGGCUGCACACGACAAGGAGCGAUCACCGUCCGCGAGCGCUGUCAAACCUGUUUCCGGAUCGAUGACAUCGUUCACAACCGGAAUCACAGGCGAGGAUCAUCCACGAAAUCAACAACCUCAGCUAGAGCGAUCGCAGCGUGCCGUGUUUCAUCGAGUGCCGGCAACGGGACCAUCCGCUAGCCAAAUAACAGCCCGAACGGUUGGAACAGCCACGCGAACCGCACCAACGAAACAUUCCACCAGCAAUGGACCAGUGGCGGUUGUAACGAUCAGAAGCAGCAAGCUGCUGCCUGUUACGGCAGCGAAGCGAGAACCAGUAGUGAAAAAAGUUCUCUCUACGCCCGCGACUGCGGGAGCUGAUGCCGGUAAACGCAUGGUUCCGUCGAUUGCCGUUAACAUGAAACAGAGACUGAAGACUACCACUGAGACAAUUAAGGGCGAGCGUGUGGUGAAGGUAAAAAGCGAACCACCUGCAACAAUAACCGCCACGGCAAAACGAACCAUCGUGGCGAAGACUCCCAACAAUGUUGUUCCCGUGGAACCCUCAGAAACCGAUUUGGUUAAAUCGUUAGUAAAUCGUAUGCAGUCGCUUAAUCUGGUCGAUGUUCCAGCGCAAGCGAAACAGCCGUCUGCCAUUGUUCAUCUUCAGCGGGAAGGUUUUUUUGAACGACCAGCCAAGUGCAAAGUGCCGGAAACUGAACUAAACACCGUUGACACGCCGCGCAUGCGAACAUCCACGAUGAAACGGUCGCACGCAACACGCUCGCAGGCGAUCGCACUACCCAAGGAUAUAAACGGGCUGAGUCCGGUGAAGGGGGUUCAGCUUGAAGCGGCGAAGGAUAAAUCGGCCAAGCGCAAAUCGUUUCUCAAUCGCUCGCAGACAGAAGAACCGGCCGGUGGCGCAAGAUCCACCACGAGCUCAUCUUCGGUGGGACGAUAUCAGCGUCGUAUGAAAAUGCCUCACAGUAGCCCAGACAUGUACUCGUCCAGCAAUCGCUCGUCACCCGUGAAAUCGUCGUCUUCUACCGAAAAAUCUCCUACGAAUUCACCGCGUCCAUCUUGUUCAUCGAAUCGCUCGAGUCCAAAGCAUGGUGUUGUCUCACCGGAAUCGGUCUCGAAAGCCAGUUCCUCCCCUAUACGCAUCUGCUCGCGGCUUUCGGGAUAUACGAGCGGUACCUGUACGGUGAAUAACAGUCCAUCACCGUGUUCCCAACCACGAAGUCCUUCGCUUUCCUACCACAUGGAGCAAGCACGGCGCGAACUGGUAAUCUCACCACCGAGAACGAAUCGUUUGUUAAAGAUCGUCACUGAAUCGGCAAGCGUUUCUGAGGAACCGAAACUUGCUGCCAAGUCGAUUGCAAUCAAUCCAUUGUUACCAUUUGACGCUUCUGAAGCAAUUGAUGUGGCACUGAAGGUGGAUGUUGAUGCCGAAGGUUUAUUGUUAGCGGAACCGGAGGAAGUUGCAGUGGCGGCAAUCGUCCCGGAGGACGUUGACGAAAUAUCGGAGGAACAGUCGUCCUCGAUAGGUCAAUAUUCUAAAUUUAGUCAAAUUUUAAAAUCGCCCACAUUAGAGGUAGGAACAAUUAGUGAUAUGUUGGGCGAUUUAGCAAUUGCUGAUCGUAGCAUGGAGGUAGAUUCCCAAGAAAGAAUGCAAGUAGAUGAUGAUGUCGAAGAUAUGCAAGUGCCAUUGGUGGUCAUGGAACAGCAGGACGAAGCAGUCCAGUUAGAGAAUAGCUCAGUGCAGUCAGCAGAAAAUAUGGAAGCGGGUCCUUCUGGGCUGUGUGCUGCGACAAAUGGGGCAGAAUACGACGACGAUGAUGACGAGGAUGAUGUUGAUGAGGAAAAAACUUUCGAGCGAAUUGUGAUCGAGCCACCAACAAGAGGAUACGUGGCGGUGGUCGAUGUUGGCGAUGAUGAUGAUCAUCAGCAAGAGGAAAUGCGUCCAGCGAAUCGAAUCCUAUUCGACAAUCAGUUUAACGAUGAGUUUGUGGUAAUCGAAAACAGCCCCAAGAGUCAGCUGAUUCAAUCGCUCGAUGAAGCAGACAUAAUAGUGUUGCGCGACAACGAUGAUGAGGAAGGGUACGGUGAUCGGCCACCAUCACGCCCGUCAAGUGGUGGUUAUUUGGAGAAAAAGAAGAAGCUUGUAAAAAUGAGCUCAGUGGAACACUUUGAGCGCAAAAGCUUGUCCCCGCAGCGCGUAGUAAAAUUGAGUACGUCCUCGUCGUGUAUUUCGCGGGCGAAGAGCAUGGACGAGAGCAGUGCCGUACUUGGCGGAAGCAGUUCCGUUACGGCCAGCGCAAAUUCGGGCACCUCGGCGAACCAUAUCGUGUCGAUAUUGAAGCGUAAAACCGUCGAGUCAUCGGCCGCCGCCAGUUCAGCAUCGAGCAAUGCGUCUCCGGUGACAUUCUCGCCGAGCGUCGUUGAUACACCGAUCCGUUCAAACCGGAAGCAAGGCAUAUUGAAGAAACGCUGCUCGCUGGACGAGAGCCGUUACAGUCGCAGCCAUUCGCCAGAUGACCGUUCGAUACUGGUGAAGCAUACAAGGCGUAACAGUUUCGAAGACGGAGCAAGUUCCAACCAGCAGCAAGCGCAUGGCAUCCUGAAGCAAAAGAGCUACGAAUCGCGGGAGGACGUGUCUGGUGCUGCCGCUAGCGGUGGCACCAGCCGCAACUCGAUAGCUAGUUGUUCGGGUAGCGGAGUUAGCACCGGACAGGCGAAUGGUAGCAUAUCGCAUGGCAUUUUGAAAAAGAAAAAUGACAGCUCAUCGACCUCUACGCCUAGUGAACCACCGAAGCAUGUGUCUAUCUCACAGGCGGUUAUACUUGCAGCGGCUGAGAUCUGUCAAGAUAUGCUGCUGGUGGACGAAGAUGAGGCGAGUGCGUACGAUAUCAAACCAAUUUUAAAACCGGACCACCAGGCACCGGUGACACCGAAACCGAUUCUGAAGAAGAAGUACUCUUCCGAGAAUGAAGAGAUCCGACCGAUACUGAAGAGUUCUCGCAAAAGCUCCCGCGAGGAGAACUCCGAUUCGGAGGAAAUGAAACGAUCAAUUCUUAAAAUCGAUUCACCAGCGAAACGAACACGAUGUUACGUCGAGCAACCUGCUAGCGGUAGUAUUGAUAUGGUGGGUAGUAUGGGUAGUACAAGCUCAUCCGAAACUGGUACCCCGGGUGCAUUGCCGUUGGUGCACAGCCGAUCGUUAGAGCAUCCGGACUCGGUAUCCGGUGCGGCAAUAGUGCCACAGGUAACAAACAUCGAAAAGCCUAUAAUUUCGGUAGCAGAGCGAAUCCGAAAUAUGGAGAAGUUCCUAUCGGGCGGCAGCGGCAGUCAGUCUUCACCUGGUAGUUCGCCCGUAACGAAGCCGCAAAGCUCCUGUACGUCAGCAAACGCCAUCAGUAGACGCGAGUCUUUGCGCUACAAAACACAACCGGUCACAUCAACAGAGAUCAACAGUGCACAACAGCAACAGCAGCAGCAGCAGCAACAGGUAUCCCCUUGCGGAUCAAGAUCUCCAGAGUGUGUUGUAGAACCGAGGGACAUCGGUAAUGAUGUUGAUAGUCGUAGUGAAUCAAACACCGUGUCGAAGGAUUCUGCCGAAUGCAACCGUGAUGAGCACGUCGGUGAAGAUAAUUGUCUGGUGAACAGUGCGUUUAAGCAGAUCGAGCAGAGUACGGUGAGCGCAUCUGCAGAUCCAGUACCGGAGCGUAGAAUUGCACCGGAACAUAGCUGUUUGCGUAGUUCGCUGGAGUUAUUGAUACAGCGAAGUCAUUCGGUUGAUCGAAGUGAGCAGAAGUCGCUCCCGGUAGUUUCAACUGUACCGUCCUUUGGUGUUGGAUUGAUAGACGAACCAAAACAAUCGUCUUCCUCGUUCGAGUUACUCUCGCCGACCCUUGGUACGGCGGAAUCGAAUUCGCACUCCAUCAUCAGUGGUGAGUUUAAUUUGGCCUCGCUGAGCUCCGACUCGGGCGUACAGUUUGGUGGUGGUCGCGGUGGUACAGAGGAAUUGUCCGGCACGACCGAUUACGUACUGUCGUCCUCAGUAAAAACUAGCGAUAGUGAGAAAUCACCUUCGAAGAAAACGAUCGACGACGACGAGGACGAUCUGAACGCGGAUGAAGAGUUGCUCGUCGAGGAACAGCUGCUAGUAGUGCCUGUCGGGGACGAAUCAGACGAAGAACACCAUCCGGGUAGAGGGCAGAGAAGACUCCUGUCACCUACAUCCUCCUGCUCAUCGGCGCAUGCCGGCCGUGUGUUGAGACCGUCCAGUAGUAACAGCAGCGCUAGCAGUGAGACCAGCGACAGCAAAAAGGGCGAUAUCCUUCGAACAGGAGGAGGUAAGACUUGUGGUGGCACAGGGCAUAGGUCACCCGGUGGUAGCACUUCAUCCUCGUCACCGGAUAGCGGUAGCAGCAGCGAUUUGAGUGAUCGCGACUCUGCGUUAACUGCGGCGGGACCAGCAACCGACGAUCCCGCGAUGUUUGGUGGAUGCGUAGGCUUUGGCCGGAACAGUGGCGGAGGCAGCAGUGGAGGUGAGGACGGCACUGACAAGGGAUUAUUACGACGAUCCAGCAGUGUCCGUGCGAAGGCUAGCAUGUUUGCCCAGCUGGAAAGCAAGCUGAAGGAGAACGAAAACCCACUCAGCCGACCGAUCGUUCCCCGUCCGAGGCGAGCUCAAUUCACAACGCAGACGAUCUCACCAACCGACAUCGAACGAAGCAAUAACGCCAUCAAUAGCGGGCUUAAUAGUGGUCAAUAUCGUACGACGGCCAGCAACAUUUCCACGGCCCACCAACCAGCUCAUCCAAUCAUGAACACGAUACAAACGAACAACAACAACGUAGUCUCGGAUGACUCUGGCGCCGAGUUUGAUCCUUCGACACUGCAAGUAUCGAAGAAGGUCAAACUGUUCUCGGGCGGAUGUGUUACCGUCAAGGGAGAUGAAGCAGGCGACCAGAUGAUGACGGCGAUAGCGAACGGAAACGGCACCACCACCCCGGUCGGAGUGGUACGGCGGAAGAAAACAUUGCUAAAGCAGCAGCAACAGCAACAGCAACAGCAGGAACAGCAUUAUAAAGAAAAUGGAUGUACCAAUGGAACUGGGUCGGAGGGCGAAACGGACCUGCAGCAUAUCGUACCGAAGGUGGAUCGGAUACGGAAGAAGUUUAUGAGCUUCUCAUCGACGGCCAAGUAUUUCAACAGUAGCGAAAACGGCACUCAAAGCCCACUGCAAGGAGUGAACGGAGAUGAUGCCAGCGAGGGUAGUGAUUCGAAUGUAGAUUCGGGCAAGGAGAACAACUACGACAGCGGGGUGGAGAACAUGAACGGAUCGGGUCGACCGCCUCAAGGUGGAGGCAGCUCGAACGUGUUAGCACUCAAGAGGAACUUCCUUAACACAUCGAACCGUGCGAAGUCAGUGCACAAAGAAAAGGAUCCGGUGCUGGAUGUUUCCACCGAGCUGGACGGUGUGGUGACGAAGGGGAAAGUGUCGCGCCUAGCGAACCAGUGGAAUCGGCUGCGAAUGACGCUCGAUGUAUCGUCAAUACUGAAAACACCCGGCGCCACCUUCGAUACACCACCGUCACCGACUAGGCGUGUCGGAAAUGGGCUAGUAGCGGAACGUGAAUGCGAAAGCUUACCGGUUGCUUGCGAAACCGAGCGCUCAUACAUGCUGGAUUCGUCACUGGAACGAUCCGUCUCGCAGACUAACAAUACGUCACUAUUUUCGCGCAGUUUCACUCGCAAAGCAAAUGGUAGUUCGAAGUUUGCGCUAGUAGACGAUCGGUUUGCUAAAUACUUUGGCUGUAAGACGGGCGGGCAAAGUACAACGGUGCCUCAAAACAACAUGGCAGUCAAAUCGAUGACAGUGACACUGAACGGUUCAAUUGCAGAGCACAACAUACCCACCAAUGAAUGCUUAAAUGGAGGUUUCUGUAAGCAACCGCGGCGUCGCUCUCAGUCAAUGCCAAAGGAGUCGUUACUACUUGACAAGAGGCUCGAAUCGUUGAUCUGUACGAUCGCUGCUGGAGGGAAUAGUAAUGUUAGCGAAAAAUGGAGCACCACCAUUCAGCCGGUAAACACUGUCGAAGAGUUGAACAUUACCACCGAAGAUCUAUCGUUGGCGGAUACGGAGUUCGAUAAGCUGUUUAUAGAGCAAAUGAGUCCUCGCAAACCACCGACAGCGUUCCUGCCACCAAACGCUCAGAAGCUUCCGUUUAUGGCGGAGCUAAAGGGUGGCAUCCUGAAAUCGAAAUCGGGCUGUGUCGGACUGUUUCCUGCCGAUCUAAACUCCGAGCUGAAGUCGCGCCUCAAAAAGUCCACCCAUUCGACUGUGAGCAAUCUGAAGAAAUCAACCACCGUUUCCACCAUCGAUGCAACGGCACCGAACAGCUUCGGCGCAUCCGGUACGCGUCCGGGAUCGUCUUCCGAGUCGGAGGAUGAUGACGACGACGAUGAUGGUGUGGCACCGGGGAAAAACCUCGCGAAAAUGCUGCGCAAUGUGUCCAACACGGCAAACAGUGGAAGCGGCGGCAGCAUGCCACCGUCCUACAUACCGCUGCCGGUACCGUUCCCGCGCACAUUCGCCAGCAACAAUGACACCGAAUCUCAAGCACUCAACCGGGAGCUGCAAUCGAUCAACAAAAAUCCAGCCGUCGCAAGGCGCCGUCGUCAGAACGAAGGCUACAAGCAGCAACAGUUGAUUAAAAGCAAAAGCCAAUCCGAGCUUGCCACCUUCAUACCGGCGUCGGCCAUCAUCUACCACAACACGGCAAAUAACGCACCGAAUGUACCAUCGCCAGGACUGACGCACGGUGGUAUCAGUAGUAGCAGCACCAACAGCAGUAGUAAUGCACUCGCUCUCGGUGGAAUUGCACCACCGCCACUAGCGACACCACUCACAAACGCACCAUCCUUGCCAGCGCCGUAUUAUCACGAGCAGAACAACAACCAUCACAGCUUCGGACACGGUUCCGGGCAGCAGGAGAACGAAGAUUUCAGCUUCCCAGCGUUCGGUGCGUUGCGCCGGUGUUUGACCGAGGAAAUGCGCCCAGAUCAGGACGGUUCGAUGGUGAAGAGUGUCUCCAUUGCCGAGCGGCUGGCGGCACUGAAGAAAAGCGGUGAGGACGAUUGGCGCAAGCGCGUCUCCAAGAAGGAUGUGCCCGAUGAUGUGCGGCGGGAAAACCUUGUCAAUAAUGCACUCAUCGUUGCCAAGUCCCACGAGAGCCCAGUGAAAAACAACUCACCACGACCGUUCAGUCGGCCGGCGGAUCUGGAGGGUGGCAACAUUUCCGAUCGCUUGGGUAAGAUCAAAACGUCGUCGGAAAAUUGGAAAAAUCGUAUCGAACUAUCCGAUGCGACCAACUUUACCGUGGCGGGCCGUAUGGCCGCAACGAAAUCACCCAAGCUGCCGUUCAUCAAGUCGGACACGAAGCAAUCACCCGCCAUGAAUGUGUUCCGUAGCGUCAACCCACCGCAGCUCGGGCUCUCGAAAAGUCCCUCGAUGAUGGUGUCGUCGGUCGUCACCUCGUCCACCGUGUACGGGCAACCGCAGCAACAGACUCCAGCAUUCGGUUCCCGUCCUACCAGUGUUCCGGCUCAACAAUUUUCUAGUCCCGCUUCGGCAAUGUUCCAGCAACAAAGCCAACAGCAGCAGCAGCAACAGCAUCGAGUCGUUGAAAGUCUCAUGAAGCGUAGCAUAAGUGUACCGGGUGUACCGACCGGUGAUCUCAAGACGCAUGCCACCGGUUCGAAGGUGACCAUUCCGAAGCUGGAUGACGAAAGUUUUGGUUCGUUCUUCGGUAAGGUUACCGCAACGAAUGGCAGCAGCAGUAUGUUGGGUGCCGGAUAUUCGGGUACAAUGAUGUCCAGCACCAUCGGCAGCAUUAGCAGCAGCAGCAGCACGCUGAGCAAAAGCACCGACGUAACGCUCGGCGAUCUCGACACACUGAAAACCACCGGCGAGAAGCUGUCGCACAAGAAGGUGGUCCAGGGCCCACGUGGACGGCGUGCGACGUCGCGCAAUCCGCUCAAAACGCUAGCCGCCCGUGACGACCUGCAGACGGAGUACACCGAAAUUAAGACAGGUAUCGCCGAUAAGGAGAUGCGAAGACUCAAACUAGAAGCAAUUGCCAAAAGUAGCAAUCUCGCCGUAGAAGCGCUAGCCGGCUUAGCGUCCGUUGAAGAUUUCAAAUCGGUCAGUCUCAAGUCUAGCUCGCUGCCGCUGAAUCAGUCGUUUGUCCCGUACAAACCGCUGAUGUUGCUGCAGGUAAAGGGCCGUCGGCAUGCGCAGACGCGCCUGGUGGAACCGGUGGCUCGGUCGGUGAAUCGGGGCGAUUGCUUCAUCCUCGUCACGGCCGACCGGCUGUACGCCUUUUUCGGCCAGUACGCGAACGUGAUCGAACGGUCGCGCUGCAAGGAAAUCUGCGACCAGAUCGUGCGCGACAAGGAUCUCGGCUGUAGCGCGUCCGUCGUGACGCUGCUGAGCGACGGUGCGAGCAGCGGCGUUGGCCGACAGGCGCGCGAUUUCUGGCAACUGCUCGGACGCGGCCAGGAGGAUGAAGGUGCGGAGGUGUGCGAUUCGGGCCAUGCCGAUGAGGACGAGCUGUUCGAGGCGUGCCUGAUCGAGACGAACAUGGUGUAUGAGUUCGAGGACGAUGCGCUUGUUCCGGUGGAGGAGUACUGGGGCACAAUACCGAAGAUAGCGAUGCUAGAUCCACGCAAAGUGCUGGUGUUUGAUUUCGGCUCGGAGCUGUACGUAUGGAGUGGCAAAAACGCCCCAUCUGAGGGUAAACGGGCGGCACUGCGUUUAGCACAGGAGUUGUACGGUGGUGCCUACAGCUACGAAGAAUGUCAGCUAAAUCCUCUCAACUUUUCCGAACUGGCCGGUGAUCGGCAGCGUGACGCGAGACGGUUGUCGAAGGUGGGUAACAACCGGCCGGACUGGUCUUUAAUUGCGCGCGUCACCCAACACAUGGAAACGGUACUGUUCCGCGAGAAGUUCCUUGACUGGCCGGACGUGACGGUACAGUUCCGGGAGGAGUACACUUUCGGCGCUGGCGAUGGCUCAACUCCGAUCGGUGCCGACAUUAAGCCGCUGGACGGCAACCAACUGUACCGUGGGAAUGAACCGUACCAAGAACCGAACCUUGUGCUUGAAAAUUCCAACCUGGGACGGGGCGAUUUCUACUACGAUCACGACUCCAUGCGACACUUUGACGUACGCACCAGUUCCGUGACGCAGUGGGAAAUAGAUGAGUACGAGUACAAGGAGAUCGACGGUACAUCGCGUGGCCAUUUCUAUGCCGACGAAAGCUACACCGUGCGCUGGAUGUAUCAGAUCAGUGUGACGGUGCGUGAGCUAAGCGGCAAAGUGUCCAAUCGUAGCACCGUCGUAGGCCGGGACCGGUGCGCUUACUUCUGCUGGCAUGGAAAGGAUGCGUCCGCAAAUGAGAAAGGUGCUGCGGCAUUGCUAACGGUCGAGCUGGACAAGGAGAAAGGUUCGCAGGUUCGCGUUGCCCAGGGUCAAGAGACGGCCGCUUUUGUGCGACUGUUUAAGGUUAUGUUCAUUCACCGCAGCAAAGCGGUCCCGAAGAACGUGUGGCGUCUGUACAUGAUUGCGGGCAACUGUGCGGAGGAGACGAUGUGCACCGAGGUGGAGGGUUGCAGUAUGCGACAGUUGCGUUCCCGAGCCACGAUGCUACUGGUGCACGGUGAACGUGGCCGAGUGUUGCUUUGGCAGGGAUGUAAAGCGUUACCGCACGUACGAGAAGUUGCGGCCAAUGUGUUGCGCGUUGUACUGGAUCAAAAAUGUCCCGAACUGUUCGACGAAACGCUCACGAAUCUAUCGUCCGCUGUGGUAGACGAAGGGCACGAAACGAGCGAAUUCUUCGAUGCCGUUGGAGGUCAGAAUCGUCACCAUUAUCACAGUUUGCUCGGUUCCGAACAGAGUUACAACUUUACGCCACGUAUCUUCCAUCUGACGAGCAUCAACAAUGGUAACUUCGAGGCAACGGAACUUUACUCCGCGCUGCGUACGAAAGAUCGCGCCACGGCGUAUCCGUUCCGGCAGGAGGAUCUGUACUCCGCCCGCCAGCCAACGAUUUUCCUCAUCGACAACGGACACGUGCUGUGGCUGUGGCAGGGUUGGUGGCCGAACGGAGACGAAUCCGGCAGCGAUAGUGGUGGUAGCGGUGGCGAAACAAAUCACAGCAGCUUCGACAGUAACCGGUCGGGUGAGAAUCGCUGGCAGGUGGAGCGACGUGUCGCGAUGGAAACGGCCGUUUCGUACUGGAAGGCAAAGCACCCGAAGCAACACGAAGAGCGCGUGGUGGUCAAUGGGAAUGGGCAUGCGAUGCCCGCUCGGUUAACCUCAACAAUCAGCACAGACGAGAAUGGAAAUGAUGAAGGAAUCGAUGAGGUUGAUGCCAAGCCGUACGAUGCACCGACGAUGGCUACGCUGCAGGAUGAGCAGACGCAACAUCAGCAGGAAGAGCGGGCCACCAGUGACAUCGUGAAUGGGUUCGUCGUUUGGGCCGGUUUGGAACCGCUCGAAUUCACUGCCAUGUUCCCGGAGUGGACCGAACGGGACGAUGUAGCAGAGAUUAAUGUGCAGGAUGGUCGUAAAUCGACACCGCAGCCAAUAUACGACAGUCUGUCGCUGCUGUCCCGCAAGGAGUACCCGUUGGCCGUACUGCUCGAACGACCACUACCGGAAGGUGUCGAUCCGACCAGACUCGAGCUGUAUCUGCACGAGCAGGAUUAUCUGGAAGCGCUUGGGCUUAAUAAGACGGAGUACGAUCAGCUGCCCGCCUGGAAGCAGACAAAGCUGAAGAAGGAACGUGGACUAUUUUAGAAGCCGUCGUCAAAGUCAAACCCCUGGAACAAAGCCAUAGAGAAACGAAGAUGGAGAGCGAAAAGCGCUGAAUCUAGCGAAGAUUCGUUUGCGGUUUAUGUUGUGUUCGUUUUAUUUUAUUUUUCUUUUAGUAAUUUAAAAUAUAAAUCGUUAUCUUAUCCGUCGUCUAUGAAAAGAACGACAUUGAUUCACUCAUUAAGCGCAAAGCGGCAAAGAAAGACUUGACGAAAGAGCUUGUGACAUGGUGCGUAAACGGAGGGAAUGCUAAUUUUCUCUUCACCAUUUGUUUGCUGUCUUUGGCAUCUCUGUAGAUAUGUUUUCAUCUCAUUUAACGUUACAUUUUGCAUCUUUCUGUUUUUUUUGUUAGUUUUUGUGCUUUUUGUUGCGGAAUAUGGUGCGUUUCAGUAGAGAUUUACGUUUUGCUUUAAACCGUUUCCCAUUUUAUGUAUUCUCUUUUAUGAACCGUUGGUGCUUUUAGUUUGUUUCGCGAGUUGCUAACUUUGUGUAAAGAGUUUUGUUUACUUUAUUUAUGCUACGCGAGCUGAACGCGAAUUAUUUGCCGUAGCGAAAACGAGGUGGAUUUCUUACAAUAAUUGGUAGAUAGUGAACGGUACGCAAACAAAGCUCACAAAGGAAGGAAUGAUGCAGAAAAACAGGGAAAUCUAUGCGUGUACUUAAUACGAGAUCACUAGAAGGUGUCCCAGGAGGGAAUGUAGGAGGUGGUUAAAAGAGGAAAACCAUCCAAGCAUAACCAUAAUCCGUGUAUACUCUUUGUAGUUUUAUCGACUGCUAAAUAUGUAACAGCGUCUUUUUACUAUGUAUUGAUAUUGAUUUGUUUUACUUUUCCUUGUUUUUUUUUUCUUAAACGAAUGAGUUAAGAACAAGUAUACAGCGCAUUGAACGAAACAAAAAAAAACGAAGUUAAAUGGAGAUUUCAUUAAUUGGCAAAAAGUUAGUAACUGUGCGUGCGAAUGUGAAUUUUGUAGUGUGUAAUGAAACGGAGAGAAAGAGUAGAAGAAAGAAAGGAGAAAAUCAACAUAUAUACAAGUACGUUUAUAUAACUUAUACAAAACAAGAAAAAAAAAACAGUAAGCAAAACCGACGGUAACAGAUAUAAACACGGUCGCAGUCAUAUUACAUGUAAAACACCUAUGUAGAAGGAAUACGGGAAAGGAUAUCGAAGAGUGUGUGCGAAAGCUAGAAGUUCUUUGUUUCUUUAGGACUCACAAUAUGCAAAACAAUCGAAAUCAACGCUUGCUCUGAUGCCGAAGAUUCCUCAAUUUGAAUACAAACUCAAUCACACAUCCAUUGUGUAACUUUGAGUGUAAAAAGAAAGAUCCACACACAAACGAAGUAGGCAGUAGCCUUAUGAUUCAAGGACAUUAAGAAUUUUGGAAGGAAUUUCAAGAAAAUCUGAUUGUGUGUGUUUGUGAUUUCCCUUUAACGCUAUUAAAACAGUCAGCAACACUACUCGCCUUCCGUUUCGUAACAACUCAUACCGUGUAAACUAGUACCGUGCUUUUUUGUACUGAUUUUGACCUCCCAUGUACUAGGAGAGAUGUGGCACCACGGUUAGCACCGCAACAAUCUGCUCGCUGUCUGUGUACGCCUGGAAAAAAGGAAUAAAGAUAUAACAGUAGGCGGCAAUGAAACGUGGUGCAAUACGCAGCGAAAAUGUAAAGCCAAAUAAAAAAAACACGACAAAAACAAAACAUGUGAAGAAAAGUGUGUUCAGUAUGAA